AUGGCUUCUUCAUCUUCAUCUUACGACAGAUUCCCAAGUUUCAGAGGCAAAGACGUCCGACGAACCUUUCUCAGCCACUUGCUCAACGAGUUCCAGCACCGGAAGAUCAUAUCAUUCGUGGACAAUGGAAUCAACAGUAAAUCGAUUCAUCCAGAGCUUGUGCGAGCGAUUAAGGCAUCGAGAAUCUCAAUCGUCAUUCUAUCGAAGAACUACGCUUCUUCGAGCUGGUGCUUAAACGAACUGUUGGAGAUCAUGGAGCGCAAAGAUUCCCAAGACCAGAUGGUGAUGACAGUUUUUUACGAUGUGGAUCCGUCUCGUGUACGGAACCAGAUCGGAGAUUUUGGCAAGGGCUUCGAGAGAAGUUGUUUGGGGAAAACACAUGAUGAGAAGCAGAGAUGGAAGAAAGCUUUGAUUGAUGUUGCCAACAUUUCCGGAGAGCAUUCAAAAAACUGGCAUAGUGAAGCGGCUAUGAUAAAAAAAAUUUGCGGAGAUGUUUCUAAUGAGUUAAAUUCUACGAUGUCAAAGGAUUUUGAUGAAUUCGUUGGAAUCGAAGAUCAUAUAGAAAAGAUGAAUUUAUUGUUAAGUCUUGAGAGUAAUGAAGUGAAGAUGAUAGGGAUUUGGGGUCCAGCAGGCAUUGGUAAAAGCACAAUUGCUAGAGCGUUGUACAAUCGGUUAUCCAGCAGCUUUCAGAGCAACUCAAUGCUCUAG